AAAGGGCGGACGUCUGUUCGAUUAAAAAUAAUCACGUAGCGAUACGAUGUUGUAAAUGAAGACGAUAGAAUUCUGUUAUUUUAUUUAGUGUGUAGUGUGUGAUAAACAUGCAAGAAAUGUUCACAGUUUGUAUUCAACUUUUGUUUAUAUUCGAAGGUGUUACGAGCCUUCGUGACGUCAGACUACUGGUGGAACCGUCCACCGUGGUGCGAGGGGGCACGGCCGCUCUCAUUUGCUCCAGGGACAUGCAGGGGGCGCCACUGUACUCUGUCAAGUGGUACAGAGGCAACCAUGAGUUCUAUAGAUUCACUCCGAUGGAGACUCCCUCUACAAGGGUGUUUGGCUUACCAGGGAUUUACGUGGAUAUGAAUCGCUCCAACGGUUCUCAAGUGUUACUCCGCAGAAUGGAUUUAGGCCUCGCUGGCAACUUCAGUUGCGAAGUAACAGCUGAAUCCCCGUCCUUUGCCACGCAAAUCACCACCAAAUUUAUUGAUGUUAUCGCAUUACCAACAUCAAUACCGGUUCUCAACGCAGACAAGGACCGCUACCAACCUGGAGAAAUCCUCCGAGCUAACUGCACAUCCCCACCAGCCAGACCAUCUGCGAACCUCACUAUUUUUGUUAAUGAGGAACCGGUGCGAGCAUCAGAAACCAGCCUCCACCCAUCCGAAAGUGGUUUGCUCACGACAAAAGUAAAUAUAGAAAUAAAAGUGACCCCAACGCUGUUCCCUGGGGGACGCCUGCGCGUGGCUUGUUACGCCACCAUGUACAACGUGUACAAUAAGUCCGCUAAGUUGGACUUCUUGACGCCAGAGACUGAUCCACGGCCAGAGAGAAUAACGCUCAACGGAGGUGCUUCUAGAACAUUCCUCAGCUGGCUUCCACUAUUCCUACUCAUCUUUCUGCCCUUAGUAUCGGGACAGGAUUAUGGCUUUGAAGAAUUCGGUUAUUUCAGUUAUGACGAUGAAAGUGAACGAAGUCUCAUGUUGUCUUUGGUUUGAUGUUUUUGUGAUUUUAAUGCAUUUUUUUAACGAAAUACUAUAUUGUAUUUGUAAGCUUUUCAAUCGUUUUGUACGCGGAGCAGAGUUUGUCAAUGUUAGCUUUAACUCAAUAUCCGAUGAUUUGAUUUCACUGCAUUGUUAUAUUGUUAUUUUUGGAUGUUUCAAUAUAAAAUACCUAAGGAUUGCUUGUUGCAUAAAACUUACGAAUUUUUUAUUUUGAUUGAAUGGUAUUUGUAUAAACAGUUUUUAAUGUUUGGAGAGUUUUUUAAAUUUUCAAGUCACGCCUGAUGCGAAAAGAGAUUAAAUUAAAAAUGUAUUUUACGCAAUUUGUUUUUAAGUGGUUUCUAAAACCGAAGAUUAAAUGUGAGGUUGUGUUGUGUCUUGGCUUAGAAUGUAAUUGUUUUUAUGACUUUUUUGUUGUGUUGUGAACCAUUUUCUGGGGAUUAAGGUAUAUUUUAAAACUGCGAGGUUAUUUUUCCUAAUUAUUUAAUGAAAUUGCUAAGACAGUAUAAUUUCAUCAGACAGGCUGAACAGUAAAUUUGCAUCAGGUUUAUAAAAUAUUUCGUGUAUAACAACAAAAAUUCAUCUUAAAUUCAAUUUCUUUAUAACGAUCAGGUAUCAUAAGUUUAUAGUAUCAGUUAACAUUAGAUAAAUUGUAAAUUUGUAAAUAAAUUCAGUAGAACGCAGUCAAAAAGUAAUAAGACUUAAUCUGGUUCAAGUAGUCACUGUACGCAUGAUUAUUCAAAUAACCAGUCAAGUGCGAGUCGGACUCGAGACUCUGACAUCCAAUUUAUGACCGUGCCGACCGUUGCUUAGCCUUGUUAUUUUUAUAAUUUGUCGCCAUAGCGGUUACAGAAACAGGUCAUCUUAGAAAAUCACCACUGUCUUGCAAUACAUAGAUACAGACUGGUGACAGACAGACGGACAGCGAAGUGAAGAAUCGGAUCCAUGAUAAUGUCGUCUAAAUCAAUUUAAGAAAUAUCUACGUAUUGAUGACCUUUCGGAAAGCAAAAGAAAAAAUUUGAUUUUUACACGCACAACCGAUAAAAGUUAAAAUAAGGAAGGACAAGAAA